AUGUGCAACAGCAUUCGUCUCCCUGAUCCUCCUCGGAGUGACCAGGUAGAUGACACUUGUGUCUUGAGAAACUUGCAAACACUUGUGCAAGUAGUGAAUUUCAGAUGGACGGAGGAGGCGUGCAAGAGAAUUCCCAACAUCAAGAAAUUGCGCGUGGUUUUUGAUGAUGUCUUGACAGAUUACGAAGAUUGCUUGUGCUUACACUAUCUCCACAAUCUCUGCACUUUACAGAAGCUCGAAUCACUAAAAAUGAGGUUCCCUUUCUGCAUAUCGCGAUAUCCAGUGGAUUUGCUGAGCAAGAGGCUUGCCUUCCCCACUCGGCUAAACAAGUUGUGCUUGAGAAACUGCAGCCUCACUCGUGAAGAUCUGGCAACGAUUGGUUCGUUGCAACAUCUACAAGUUCUUGAGCUUAUACACAGCUCUUUCUUGGGAGGCGAGUGGAGCACUUUCAACGGUGAGUUCCCUUGUCUUAAAUUCUUGAGAAUCGACAGCUGUGAUGUCGUGUGUUGGGCUUCAGACACCUCUGCUUUUCGAGUUCUUGAAAAGCUCGUUGCUCGAGAUCUGUGGCAGUUGCAAGAGAUCCCAUCGGAGAUGGGAGAGAUAAGCACUCUCAAACUCAUUCAUUUACAUCACUGCUCUGAAUCUGCGGCGAUUUCAGCAUUGGAGAUUAAGAAAGAGAGCUUUGGGAAUGAUAGCCUUAAGAUUGUUGUUGACAUCUCUUGGUACUGCUGCAGUGAUAGUUUCUGGGUAAGGGUGAAAGUGGAUAGUUUCAGGCCCUUUGGAAUAUCCAAAUACAUUUGGGAGCUCUAA